AUGAGGAACGGUGAUUCUUCGGGAAAUUAUGAUUAUUCUCAUGAAGAAAAAGUCAGUCAUGCUGACACACCUCUGUCUGAUGACGAGACCAGAAUCGCGGUCCAGACAGAUCCAGUGUCCUACCUGUGCACAAACUGCACAAACCUACGCAUGGAAAAUGAGGCACUCCAUCUACAAGUUGCUAAGCUGGAGCAACAAAACGUUGUGUUGAGGAAAAAGGCAGGUGACACAACUGAUAUUUCCCAGGUCCAAGAUGAAGAAUUCUUGUUCUACACAGACCUGGCCUACCGGUUCCAUGUAACAUCAAAAACUGUGCGAAAGUCCUUCAGAAUGUGGCUUGGGUGUGUCUCUGUGAUCGCAAGGCAGCUGGUAGCUUUUCCCACUGCUGAGGUUGCAAGGAGCUGGCUGACGGAAAAGGACACAUUACAUUUUCCAAGGCUACGGUGCAUCAUCGACUGCAGCGAAGUGCACGUUGCAAGGCCAACAAACUUAGAGACCCAACAGGAAACAUGGAGCAACUACAUGCAACAUUGUACCUUGACGUAUUUGGUGUGCGUCAACUCCUUGGGGGCUGUGUGCUUCAUCUCAAAGGCUUAUGGAGGAAGGAUAUCAGACAGACAGGUGGUCUUCAGAAGUGGGUUGCUUGAUCUGCUGGAAGAGGGAGACCAAGUGCUCGCUGACGGAGGAUUCCUCAUACACGAGGAGUUCUUUCUGAGGAACAUACAGCUCAUCACUCCCAGCUUCACAAAGGGAAUGAAGCAGUUGCCACAAGAGCUGGUGUGCCGAUCUCGGGGGAUUUCAUCGUCCAGAAUAAUCGUGGAACGAGCAAUUGGUCACUUAAAGAAAUGCAGAAUAAUGACUGGAACAGUGCCACACUUCUUACGUAAGGAAUACAGUGACAUUCUUGUUGUCGUAGCAGGCCUAACCAACAUGAUGCCGCCCCUGGUGAGGGAUUGA